GGAUCGGAAGUGGAGCAGCCGGGACUUGAACCUUCACCCAUGCAGGAUGCCGGCACUGCAGGUGGCACCACAGUGCUGGCCCCACACUUUAAACACUUGAAGCGCAGUGCACGCUCCCUCUGUAACUGCUUUUCAAGUAAAUAAAAAAUGAGCGGUGCGAACCGCCCAGAGUAGCAGCCGCGGAGCCAUGGCGCCACCCUGGGUGCCCGCCGUGGGCUUUACGCUUGUGCCCAGCCUGGGGGGCUUCAUGGCCUCCCACUAUGUCCGCGGUGAGGGCCUCCGCUGGCACGCCACCCUGCAGAAGCCGUCCUGGCACCCGCCCCGCUGGACGCUGGCCCCCAUCUGGGGCACGCUCUACUCAGCCAUGGGGUACGGCUCCUAUCUGGUUUGGAGAGAGCUGGGGGGCUUCACGGAGGAGGCGGUGGUCCCCCUAGGCCUCUACGCCGGGCAGCUGGCCCUGAACUGGGCAUGGCCCCCCAUCUUCUUUGGGGCCCGACAGAUGGGUUGGGCCCUGGUGGACCUCCUGCUCCUCACCGGGGCAGCGACGGCCACGACUGUGGCCUGGCACCGCGUGAGCCCGCUGGCUGCCCGGCUGCUCUACCCUUACAUGGCGUGGCUGCUCUUCGCCACCACACUCAACUACCGCAUAUGGCGGGACAACCCCGGCUGGCGUGGGGGCCGGCGGCUCCCAGAGUGAGGCCGCACAGGGCCAGGUGCCGUGCGCGGGUCUGUGUGGGCCGAGCCGGGACUUUGCCUGCUCAGCGCUCCUGCAGCACAGGAUUUUUAAAGCCAAAUAAAGUCUUAGCCUCGUCACAA